UGGAUAAAUGCGUCAUCGUGUACUCGACGAUAUCCUGAUCUACAGCACUACCGGGGAACAGCAUUUGAAGGAUUUGGAAGCGGUCUUCUCGCUCCUGCAGCAGCACCAACUCAUAACCAAAGGCUCUAAGUGCGAGUUUCUAAAACAAGAACUGGAGGUUUUGGGACACGUUAUUUCCAUCGACGGUGUUAAAAUCGACCCGAAGAAGAUCGCGACCAUACAAGACAGGAAGCCGCCGGUAAUCUCCAUGAACUUCAAAGUUUCCUGGGGGUUUGUGAAUUACGUUCGCCGAUUCAUCCCAAACAUGGCAGGGGUAACUUCCCCACUCACGGAUCUCCUGAAGAAAGGCAAGUUUUAUGAAUGGGGGGGAGAGCAGCAAGCUGCAUUCAAACAGCUCAAACUUUUCCUAACUACACAUGCGGUUCUUCGAAUUGCAGAUCCUCACCGUCCGUUCGAGCUCAUCACCGACGCUAGCGACCUGGCUGUUGGCGCAAUACUGUUACAAGACUUCGGCAAAGGCCUCCAACCAUCGCCUAAGAAUGUGCAGCAGUACGUUACCUUCUGCGCCACGUGUCAACGCAUGAAGUCUUCACGGCUUCGACAUGAGGGACUGCUGCAGCCGCUCGAGCCACCCAGCCGACUCUGGCAACAAGUGACGAUGGAUUUCGUCACAGGCAUACCAGCUGGUUCAAGCGGUAACGACGCAAUUCUCGUCGUCGUUGACCGGUUGACCAAGAUGGCCCACUUCGCCGCCUGCAAGACGACAAUUACUGCCGAGCAGACAGCGAAACUAUUCCUCACGAACAUCGUGCAGCUACGCAGCAUUCCUUCGGCAAUCAUCAGCGAUCGCGACCCACAGUUCACGUCCAACUUCUGGACAAAAACUGGCAGCAGUACUGCACACGUCUGCAUCUAUCCACGGCGUACCACUCGCAAUUGGACGGCCAAACUGAGCGCACCAAUGGGAAGACUCCUUCCCUUGAUCGAGGCUCAAAUUUGAAGGGUGUUUCACCCUGAUUG